CUCAUCCCAAUCGAUUCUUUCCCUCUUCCGCACUUCGUAGCCGCCAGCAUAUGUCUCAGAGGCCUACCAUUCCUCAUUCUUCAUCCAUCGCUUGUGGCCUCCAUUCUCAUCUCCUGGUUUCCAGUGAGAUGAACCCUAACUCCAACUGGUCUUUAUAGUCUUUUCCUCUAAGCUGUUCUUUUUUCUUUCGCUCAAAUCCCUAUUCUUAAUUUUCACCAGAAUUUUCGCUCCUUUCGCUGACACCACCCCACAUUCAUUCUUUCAAUUUUGCCCCAAUAGAUCUAUUUUUUCGAUUGCUUGCUCAGAAAAUCCGUAAUGGGUCUUAAAGGUUUUGUUGAAGGAGGCAUAGCUUCCAUUGUUGCCGGGUGCUCCACCCACCCUCUCGACCUCAUCAAGGUUCGUAUGCAGCUCCAGGGCGAGAACCCUGCUCCAAGACCCAACCCGGCGGUCCAUAGUCUCCGACCUGCACUAGCCUUCCACCCUGGCUCGGUCCACCGGGUCGUGCCUCCGAUGCCCCAGGCCGCCGCGGCACCUGCUCGUGUGGGUCCCAUAGCCGUCGGCGUUCGCCUUGUCCAACAAGAAGGCGUGACUGCUCUUUUCUCCGGCGUCUCCGCCACCGUUCUCCGCCAGUGCCUCUACUCCACCACGCGCAUGGGUCUUUACGAGGUGCUCAAGCAGAAAUGGUCCGAUCCCAACGCCAAGAGCACCAUGCCGUUGUCUCGUAAAAUCGGCGCCGGUCUGAUCUCUGGUGCGGUCGGUGCCGCCAUUGGAAAUCCGGCCGAUGUAGCCAUGGUUCGAAUGCAGGCCGACGGCCGGCUCCCGGUGGCUCAGCGCCGGAACUACACAUCAGUGGUGGACGCAAUCUCCCGAAUGGCAAAACAAGAGGGAGUGACUAGCCUGUGGCGCGGGUCAUCGCUUACGGUGAACCGUGCGAUGCUGGUGACGGCAUCGCAGCUGGCUACUUACGAUCAGGUGAAGGAAGCGAUACUGAAGAAGGGAGUUAUGCGUGAUGGGCUCGGAACCCACGUAACUGCUAGCUUCGCGGCGGGGUUUGUGGCGGCCGUAGCGUCGAAUCCGGUCGAUGUGAUAAAGACGAGGGUAAUGAACAUGAAGGUGGAGCCGGGGGCAAAGCCGCCGUACUCCGGGGCGUUGGAUUGUGCCCUGAAAACUGUGCGUGCCGAAGGUCCUAUGGCACUGUACAAAGGUUUUAUCCCAACGAUUUCGAGGCAAGGACCCUUUACCGUGGUGCUCUUUGUGACGCUUGAACAGGUUCGCAAGUUGUUGAAGGAUUUCUGAGCGAGGUAGCUGAUGAUGACGAAAAAUCUUAGAACGCUUCAAUUUUAAUUCUUGUUAUCCCUAUUACUAUUUUAUGCUCUGUUUUCCUUUUAUCCAGUAUGUUAACGAUCUCUCAGAAAUGAAAAUUGAGCUUUGUAACCCUUAUGAAUUAUCAAUAAGGAGUUUGAGGUACUAAUGAAUGGCGCUUGAAUUGAGUAA